AUGUCGAACCCGCAGCUACACCUUCAGCCGGUGAACUCAAAUGCUGCACGACACAAGCGAUAUUCAUAUCUCCCUACCCCGUCCGAGUACCAGGCUCCCACCUUCCCGCCUCGCAACAAUGAAAAGCCUGAGGAGGCUACCAAGGCAUCGGCACUGGACGACUCAGUAUCGUCACCAGGGCCCCGAAGUCCCCCGCCAUUCUCAUACAAUGUUAACAACGCUCCGACGCAGACACCGUCCCCUUACCGCCAACCCCAUAUAGCAUCCCCUCCGCCGCCUCUAUCGGAACAUCCGGCGCAGUACGCACCAUACGCCGACCGGCCAGCGUUUCCCCAACAGCAAACGCAACCGAUUCGGUAUCAGAGCCCUCCUCCGGCGCCUCCAGGCUCGCUUCCGCCUAAGCAGUUCCCAGAUGUGCGCUCACAUCGACCAAAGGAAUACACAGUCGCCCCAGACAGCAACCCACUGCAACCGCCGCCUUCAUUAUCUGCGCCCAAACCGAGCUCUCUCUCUGGAGGCCAGUCACAGCUAGGAACUAGGAUCACAUCCCACGAGCUAAACCAUGCGCCUGGCCAGGUGGUGCACCCCAGACAAGAAAUUAAAGGAGGGACCUGGAGCUAUGGCUUAUGCGAUUGCAGAGAUCCUGGUGUUUGCUGCACCGGCCUGUUGUGUCCAUGCAUUCUGUACGGAAGAACCCAAUAUCGACUGUCUCGAAAAUCCGAACAAAAGGAUCCGACGAAUUUGCUAGGUUAUGAGACUUGCAAUGCACCGUGCACUGCGAUGGCACUGCUCUGUGGAUGUCAAUGGCUAUUAGCGACGAUCCAGCACAUCCGAGUCAGGAGAGCGUACGGGAUCUCGAGCGACGUUGCCACCGAUUGUGUCCGGGCGUCGUGCUGUACGUGCUGCACACUGAUCCAGGAUGAGCGGGAAAUCAAAUAUCGGGCAGAAGCUGCCCGAAUUGCAGGCGGUGUUCCUGGAUACACGCCCCCCGCCUAUGCCACCCCGGGACAAAUGACGUUUAGUCCUCCACCCCGAUAG